AUGCGUAUUUUUAGGAGCCCAGGUUUACCGUCAAAUGAUGGCAUCUCUUCUUUGGCCCCUACCGCCACUAGCAUUUGGGAUACGUGCGAUGACAUGGAUCUGUGCAUGGAAAACACUGCACUUGACUCCCAUCUCGAAAAGGAUGCAAAGUUGGAUGAUCUCCAUGUGCCGGUUGAUAAUGUGGAAUCGAUUGAGGAAGCUUCAAUGGUCGACGAUUCGUCUGUUGAGGCCAAGACAAUGUGGUGGGAUUCCGACCUUAAAGAUGGAGUUGAUGCAGCUGUGCUACUCGAGGCGUAA